AUGAAGGAGCUCUGUGAGAUGGUUAAGGAGGUUCUUAUGGAGGAGUCCAACAUCCAGCCUGUUUGCACACCUGUUACAGUAUGUGGAGAUAUCCACGGACAGUUUUAUGAUUUGUUAGAGUUGUUUCGCGUCGCUGGUGGUAUGCCUGGCGAGUCCAAUGUUGAAGCGCCAAAGACUUCGACCAGUAUCAUCACGUCGGAGGAUAUCGAGCCUCCCACAGAGAUCACCAACCCCAAGCUGAGGAAGAAGAUCAGAAGCAAGCCUUCUGAUGAAACGAUGACUGAUGCGGACGAAGACGCGACUGAGGAUCUCGGUACAUCGCCUCGCCCUGACUCUGCUAUUGAGGUAGCGACUUCGUCACAAUCAGCGGACACACGAUUCGUGUUCCUUGGCGACUUUGUUGAUCGAGGUUACUUCAGUCUGGAGACGUUUACACUUCUUAUGUGCCUCAAGGCCAAAUAUCCCGAUCGUAUCGUCCUUGUCCGUGGCAACCACGAAUCUCGGCAGAUCACCCAAGUCUACGGCUUUUAUGAAGAGUGUCAGCAGAAGUACGGCAACGCUUCGGUAUGGAAGGCAUGCUGCCACGUCUUUGACUUCCUUGUGCUUGCUGCAAUCGUCGACGGGGAGCUUCUGUGCGUCCACGGUGGUUUGAGUCCCGAGAUCAGGACAAUUGAUCAAAUUCGUGUUGUUGCGAGAGCCCAGGAGAUCCCCCAUGAGGGUGCGUUCUGUGAUCUGGUGUGGUCUGAUCCAGAAGACGUCGAGACGUGGGCAAUCAGUCCCCGCGGCGCCGGCUGGCUAUUUGGCGACAAGGUCGCCACCGAGUUCAACCAUGUCAACGGCCUCAAGUUGAUCGCCAGAGCGCAUCAGUUGGUCAAUGAGGGCUACAAAUACCACUUCCAGCAGAACUCUGUCGUCACCGUCUGGUCCGCGCCUAACUAUUGUUACCGCUGCGGCAAUGUUGCCUCAAUAAUGACCGUUGAUAAAGAGAUGAACCCGAAGUUCAGCAUCUUUUCGGCAGUGCCUGACGAGCAACGACAUGUGCCUGCGAACCGUCGUGGGCCUGGCGACUACUUCCUGUAG